CGCGAACUUGCCUGGCGACUUUCACUAAUCCCUCUAUCAAUCUCUUCACAGGCUGUUGCUGGUCUUUCCGUCGACGUCUUUGAACUUGAAUAGUACCUUGCUCUCUUUGCUCGUUUCUGGUGCUGCUGGAACAUGAUAAGAUAAACGACCUUGGAGCCACCGCUUCCCGCGCGAUCGUGACUUUCCAGGAUCGCUCAAAAGAAUGCUCGCCUCUCUCUUACGCCCAAAGAAACGGAGAACGUAUGCGGAUCAUUCUCCGUUCUCAUCACCUUAUACUACUCGAGAUUCACCAUGGCCGUUCUUUGAUAACAACGCCCCGCAAAGGGGGUGGGAACAAGAAUAUGGAGAGUUCGGUCAACAUAAUGGCUUUGGUGAAGCAGAUGGUCGAGGACCGGGUCCCGAUCAAGAUGAAGAGGAAGAGGAAGAUACCCCUGUUGAAACCAGCCCUCUUCUUCCUAUCUUCUCUGCCUCUCACCUCGAUACUCUUCCAGUUUAUGAUAUCACACACGCCAUUCGCCCUUUGAUCGUCACGCGCUGCGAAACUACCUUAACAUGGGAUCAAUUGCGAUCGCCCCAGAUUUCUCAAUUCCUUGUGAAGCCUAUUCAGCAGAAAAUCCGAACGGCACACUUCUCCAGGGCGACGUUAUACGCGCUGAUGACCAACUGCUUGCAAUUCACAAAAGAGGUUCAUUCAAAUCCGGGAAACAGUGGUGUGAGCCAGACCAGGGCCAUGGUCUGCGAACUUCUCUCUAUCAAGUUACUGAGGGAGUAUACAACGCGAGAACUGAUCGAUGCUCUGUCCUAUGAAUUCUACCCACUCAAUGGACAGGCGGCCACUGAACGCGCACUCGGCUGGAAAUCCACGCAGGGUAACAAGCGACCUGGCAUCGCUCGCAUCUCCUGCCUCGAAAUAGCCAUUCGGGCUCAAGCCAAACGAUUUUUAUCGCAUCCACUUGUCGUACAACAGCUAGAGGCCAUUUGGGCAGGCACAAUAGUGUUUCAUUCAGCUGCUGACAAUCUUCAUCGCUCGCUAGCAAGACCUCAACAGAACGGAGGGCUAACUUAUGGCUCGACACCCAACCUGGUACCAGCCCACCAGCGGACACAAUCUGGAAUGUCCAACCUGCGCCGUUCAGUGACUAUUUAUGAUCCAAGAGAUGCUUCCCUGUUCAAGCUGUCCAGGCUGCGAGUGCCUCGUUAUCGUCAAUUUCUAUCCACACUGUCGUUCGCAAUUUUACUGAUUCUGUUUCUGGCCGUUCUGCAACAACGUCGCCUUGAGAUCACCUCCCUCGAGAUUAUUUUCUGGUUAUGGAGCGCUGGCUUCAUGCUCGACGAGAUAGUCGGUUUCAACGAACAGGGCUUCAGUCUAUAUCUCAUGAGCUUCUGGAAUCUGUUUGACCUCGGCAUUUUGUUCCUUCUCUUCUGCUAUUACUGCAUGCGGCUUUAUGGUGCUGUCAUGCCCUACACACGCAACAAAUACAUCGCCGAUCAGGCAUACGAUAUCUUGGCUGCGAAUGCUGUAUUGUUGUUCCCACGCCUCUUUUCAAUCCUCGAUCAUUAUCGCUACUUCUCUCAACUGCUCAUCGCUUUCCGGAUCAUGGCGUCGGACCUCAUCGCAGUGUUUCUGUUGAUUAUCAUCGCUUGCAGUGGAUUUUUCGUUGCAUUUACACUUUCGUUUGGCAACGGCGAGGACCACUCGCCUGGCGCCGUGGCUUAUGCUCUAUUUCAGAUGCUGAUGGGAUUCACCCCGACUGCGUGGACCCUGUGGGAAGACUACAACGCAUUGGGGAAACUCAUAUUGACUAUCUUCCUCUUCAUUUGUCAUUUUGUUGUUGUGACCAUCCUGAUCACAGUUCUCACCAAUUCCUUCAUGGGUAUUGUGCAAAACGCCAACCAAGAGCAUCAAUUUCUCUUCGCUGUCAAUACCAUCUCCAUGGUGAAGUCGGAUGCCCUCUUCUCCUAUGUUGCGCCGACGAACAUACUGGCAUGGUUGAUUGCUCCAUUCCGCUACUUCAUGUCUUUCAGACAGUUCGUUCGGCUCAAUCGCACAAUCAUCAAAGUUACCCAUUUGCCAAUCCUAUUUUCCAUCUGUUUUUAUGAGAAGACGAUACUCAGCUUCCAAGUCAUUGAUUCUAUCGACCUCAUUGAUCCUUCUGCUCGCAUCGACAGGGCAAACCGCUUUCGACCUCGUCGCAACCGGUUCAGAGCCUUUACCUCUCAGGGAAAUCGACUUGUACGAGAGCCCUCGGUGGCUACUUACCAGAAGGAUCGGGCCCUGGAAGCUGUCUUCCGACAACCUUAUCAGGAUGAACCAAGUAGAGGACUAAGGAAGCUUCAUCCCCGAGAAAACGACCUGGCUGUCAAUCAUUGGAUGCAGACCAUGGGUUCAGGACCCAUUAAUCCUCCUGAUGAGCAAGACUCGGACGAAGUGAAUCGUUUAGAAAGAUUACCAAGGAAUAGAUCAGGAUACCAGCGGCGAAUGACACGAAGCCUGCGCGAUUUCACAGAGUCGAACCGGUCGGCUGCCUCUAAUCCUGAGGAUUCUGCACAGCCUGUGGCAUCAUCACCAGCUACGCCUCGUCCUGGGAGAGGCUUCUUAAUCCCUGCGAGAACCCGACAGCUUUCUCGGCAAACAGGAAUGGAGGGUGAUGAUGAGCUAACUAGCGACGAUAAUGGCGAAUGUACUGGGGAGCAGAGAGAACAUCGGUCGCCGUCAAAGAACUCUGAGGAGAACACCCUCAUGAACGCAAAUGAAAGCUCUCACACCACGCAACCAAAAUUUUUCAGCUCCCGACCCUCAACGGCUCGACUCAAGUCUCGCAAGAGCAGUCCCACUCGGCGUAUCAAAUAUCAUAAACGCAACUACUCGGGUGCCACUAUGCUCUAUAAUCCGAUCUCUCGGAGAAGUGAACAUGAGGAAACGGAUGCUUCCCUAAAUCCUGUCAGACCGAGGGCUCACACUCCAGACCGCGCAAGCAGUAUAAUCGGACCGCCAUCCAGAGGGCCUUGGGCUCUACGACGACACAGUACGGAUGGAGGUCGGUCCCGAGUCACGACAUUGCAUAGAUCUGACCCCAUGUCUGUUCCUGACAUGAAUGGCUUUUCAGCACCCGACUCUCAUUUUAGAGGACGCCAUCAGUCAUCAAUACUCGACGGUCUGGGCUCCGACCUGGGUGAUAACAAAGCAAUCACGAACGGCUUCCUUGGCGGGGCUCCGUCAAGUAUGACCACUCAAAUGGCCUACGCAACGGGCAACAUCAGACGCCCCGACAGUCCGAGCAGUAACCAAGAUAUGCUCAGUAAACUUGUCUUGGCUCGGAUGAACAACAUUGAAGAAGGUUUCCGCGAGGUGAUCAAAGAAGUCAAGGACCUCCGGCGCGGGGGUGCGAGUCGCAGUCAAAGUCGACCUGAUGAGCAAGCCACUACUCAGCGCGAGAAGAAGAAGAGACGGGCGGGUGACAAGAAGGAAAACAAGAACGGCCCGGGGUCUCGCAAAAGCAAGGCUAGCAGCGAAGGCCAAUACUCAGACGAGUCAGGUACUCAGUUGCGCGAGGAGAACCCCGAUUCACAGGAUAGGUAGCGGUUUUAUUAUGUUGAUGCAUCAAUGAUUAUGACCUGUUCAAUGUUUUGUAUUAGUAUUUGGUUGGCUGUCUCAUCAAUUUGUUGUUAUGCUACAUAGCUUUCUUCUAUUUGAUACCCUUUCCCACUUUUGAA